AAAGUGCUAUGACAAUACAUAUGUCAAUAUCAUCAGGUUUUUUUUUUCUUUAAAAUUUUUUAUCAAGUGUUUUAAUUACUCAUAGAACAAUUAAUUUACAAAUUAUUUGCUAAAAUAAAAUUAUCUUUCUCAUCACUAGCUUUUUUUUUAAUAACACCAUUAUAAAAAUCUGUGUCUUCAUCGUAUUCACAUCAUCAUAAUCAAAAUAAAAAAAGUGUCCAGAUGUAAAUUAUAAGUGUUAUGACUGGUUAUGACGUUAAUGACGUUGUAAAGUCCUUAUUGAAAAACAACUUGAUAUUUGUCAAAGUAAAAAACAGUGUUUUUAUAAAUCAAAAGUGAAAAAAAAAAUGUCUAAUUUGUAAAUAACACAAUAAAUCAACAAAUUUUGAUAUCAUCAAUCAAAACAUAACUCUUUUUUGUCCUUAUGCCAUAAAAUGUCAGAAUCUCAAGACACACCAGCUGAUUCUCCAAUUGACAUUGUUUUACCUCAAAAAGGAUUGCUGUAUAAAAGUGAAACACUUGAGUAUUUACUUUGUAAGCCAAAAUUAUUGCCAUUAAAAUCAGUGUCAUUAGAAAAAUUAGAAAAAAUGCAAAAAGAUGCUAAUGAUAAAAUAAAAGCUAAUCGUGAUGUUGAACAAGUAAACUAAAUUUUAUAGAAAAAAAAAAAAAAAAAGACAAUAACUUGAAAAAGAAAAAAAAAAAAUAAUCAAUAUGAGUCUUAGACCACUUGUCACUGAUAUUGUUUUGGCAUUUUGCCUAGCAGCAAUACUUCUUUACAGAUAUGGUAAUUUAAUGAGAAAUCAUAUUGUUGUAACAAUAUCAGUAUUAAUUGCUUGGUAUUUUUCAUUUUUAAUAAUAUUUAUUUUACCACUUGAUGUAUCAUCAACUGUUUAUCGACAAUGUAUAGAAAAAAAUAUUUCAUUAAAUACAAUAAAUACAUUGUCAAAUACAACAGUGACUAUAUCAAAAUGCCAAAAACCAUGGUCAAGUGUUGCUGAUAGUGUAUUUCCUGAUUUAUGGAAAAUUGUUUAUUGGACAUCACAAUGUUUAACAUGGUUAAUUCUACCAUUAAUGCAAUCAUAUAUUAAAGCUGGUGAUUUUACUGUACGUGGAAAAUUAAAAUCAGCAUUAAUUGAUAAUGCAAUAUAUUAUGGUAGUUAUUUAUUAAUAUGUGGUAUAUUAUUAAUAUAUAUUGCUAUUAAACCAGAUGUUAAUUUUGAUAGUCAAAAAAUAAAAGUUAUAGCAUCAUCAGCAUCAAAUACAUGGGGUUUAUUUUUAUUAGUAUUAUUACUUGGUUAUGCACUUGUUGAAGUACCACGUAGUCUUUGGAAUAAUAGUAAAUUAUCAUAUAAAUUACAAUAUAAUUAUUUUAAAGCAUCAAAAUUAAGUUUAGAUAAAUGUGAAGCUGAAGAAAAAGUUGAUGAUAUACUUGAAUCAUUAAAAUCAGCAUCAAUAACAAUUGAUAUUAAUCAUCCAUUUUAUAAUAAUUUAGAAACAAUAUUUCAAAAAGUACCAGUUGAACUAAAAGAUCGUAUGAAUAGAAGACAAUUACAUGAUGAUACAAAUAUUGAUACACCAAUAACACAAAAAUCAUUAAUAAGAUUACAUAGAAAUACAAUAAUUGCAUUACAAACAUUUCAAAGAACAGAAACACAAUGGUCAUUAUUAGUUGAUGAUAUAUUUGAUCUUGAAGAUAUAUCAAAUAAUCAAUUAAAUCGUGAUAAAAAAUUUAAAUCAUCAUUUACAAAACAACGUUCAUUUUAUAAACGUUUAUUAUAUAAUGAAAAAAUUGAAUGGUAUUGGAAAUGUUUAAUUAAAAAUUAUGUACAAAAAAUAAUAGCAAUUAUUGCUGGUUUUUUAUCUGGUGCUGUUGUAUGGUCUGAAGUUACAUUUUUUAAUAAAAAACCAGUAUUGUCAUUAUUUGCAAUAUUUUUUAAUAUGGCUGCUGAUAAAUAUAAUUAUUUUAUUAUUGAAAUAUUAUCAACAAUUAUUAUUGCAUAUCUUUGUUAUUGUGCAUAUUCAACUGUAUUAAAAAUACGUUUAUUAAAUAUUUAUUAUCUUGCACCAAAUCAUCAAACAAAUGAAUAUAGUUUGAUAUUUAGUGGUAUGAUGUUGUGCCGUUUGACACCACCAAUGUGUCUUAAUUUUCUUGGUUUAAUACAUAUGGAUUCACAUAUUAUUAAAUCAUCAAUUUUAGAAACUCAUUAUACACAAAUUAUGGGACAUAUGGAUGUUAUGUCAAUUAUAUCAAAUGGUUUUAAUAUUUAUUUUCCAAUGGCUAUAUUGGCAUUUUGUUUGGCAACGUAUUUUAGUCUUGGUAGUAGAUUAUUAUCAAUACUUGGAUUUCAACAAUUUCUUGGUGAUGAUGAACUUACCAUUGAUCUUGUUGAUGAAGGACGAGAACUUAUACUUCGAGAACGAAGAAAACGACAAAGAGCUGAAGAUUAUAUAAAUCGAAGACGAGAAUUUCAAGAAAGAUUUACAAAUUCAAGCUUAACUGGAUCAAGAUAUCGAACGAAUCAAAAUGAAACUGGACGAUCAAUGAAAAGACUAGAUUCUUCUACUGAAUCACCAAGAGCUGGUUUAUUACGUGAUUUUGAAUCAAAUGAUUAUUAUGUUGGAACAAGUUAUAAUUCUGCAAAUGCUAAUAAUUAUGAUCAUGAUGAAUAUCAAUCAAGUGAUUAUCAUGCUUUAAAUAAUGAUGAAUUGUCAAUAAAUACAAGUCAUAGUAUUAAUGCUCCACCACGUAGAAUAUUUGAUGAUGUAUAAUUUUGUUUUUAUACAUUAUCAUUAAAUAAUAUAUGCAGAAAUGUUCUUAAAUUCACUCAAACAUCACAAAUUGAUCUCAUUUUUAUAUAGUCAAUAAAUCACAAUUGUUUCACGUAAAUAAUAUAUAAAUAGUCACUCUAUAAAUAUUGUGUUUUUAAAUAUAUAAAUAUACAUUUAGUACGUUAGUCGAUUGUUAUAUAGAGUAAAUAUAUAUUAAUAAUAAUAAUAAUAGAAAUAAUAAGCUUGAGAUUUAGUUUAACAGUGUAUAAUUUAUUUCAACAGAUGAGAUUUUUUUUUUUUUUUUUUCAUGCAUGUUUUGUACAUUCCAGAAUAUUUUUUGUUCUAACUUAUAACAUGCUAGAGAUAAAAUCAUUUAGAUCAAUUAUUAACAAAAAAAAAAAUUAUGAAAAUCAAUGUCUCGUUCUAUUUUUUCUUUUGUUUUUUGUUUUUUUUUUGAUAAAAAUAUUUAUUUUAUUAUACCUGAAAGGUAAAUAAAUUGUCACAAUAUAUGAGACAAUUUUAAAUGGUUAAUAAAUUUUUUUGUUAGUACAAAAAUACAAUCAUUUUUAUUAUUUUUGUUUAUCAUGAUAUUAUUAUAAAAUUUAACAAAGUCAAUAAAGAGAAUUUUAUGUUAAACAAAAUAUAAUUAUAAAUUUGAAAAUAUUAAAUAAAAUGUUUAAACAAAUCAAAUAGAAAUAACA